GGGAGGGCGCGGGGAGGGCGGCGGGCGCGCGGCCCGGGGAGCCGGGUGCUGCCUGGGGCUGCGGAGCCACCAUCAUGGUGAAGAGGAAGAGCUCCGAGGGCCAGGAGCAGGACGGCGGCCGCGGCGUCCCCCUGCCCAUCCAGACCUUCCUGUGGCGCCAGACCAGUGCUUUUUUGAGGCCUAAAUUGGGGAAGCAGUAUGAAGCUUCUUGUGUGUCCUUUGAACGAGUGCUGGUAGAAAACAAAUUGCAUGGCCUUUCUCCUGCCCUGUCUGAAGCCAUCCAGAGCAUUUCCAGAUGGGAGCUGGUGCAGGCUGCUCUGCCGCACGUUCUCCACUGCACGGCAACCCUCCUUUCCAACAGGAACAAGCUAGGCCAUCAGGAUAAACUGGGUGUCGCUGAGACAAAACUCCUGCACACCUUGCACUGGAUGCUCCUGGAGGCCCCCCAAGACUGCAACAGCGAGCGGUUUGGGGGCACAGACCGAGGAUCCAGCUGGGGUGGCAGUAGCAGUGCUUUCAUCCACCAGGUUGAAAACCAGGGUUCCCCAGGGCAGCCCUGUCAAAGCGGCCCCAAUGAUGAAGAAGAGACCAGCAGAAGGAAAGUCUUCCAGAACUCCAUGGCCACCGUGGAGCUCUUUGUGUUUCUGUUCGCUCCCCUGGUGCACAGGAUUAAGGAGUCCGACCUCACCUUCCGCCUGGCCAGUGGGCUGGUCAUAUGGCAGCCGAUGUGGGAGCACAAGCAGCCUGAGGUCUCCGGAUUCACAGCUCUGGUGAAGCCCAUCAGGAGCAUCAUCACAGCCAAGAGAAGCUCUCCUAUCAACAGUCAAAGUCAGACCUGUGAGUCACCCAAUCGAGACACAGGCCAUGGAGAGGGACUUCAGGUGGUCUGUGAAACGUUCCAGUCUGAUUCCAUCUCACCCAAGGCCACGAGUUCAGGCUGCCACCGGGUAAACUCAUUUGAUGGAAGCCUGUCCUCCCAGACUUCCCAGGAGAGAGGCCCAUCCCAUUCCAGGGCCUCUCUUGUGAUACCCCCGUGCCAGCGGUCACGCUAUGCCACCUACUUUGACGUUGCUGUCCUCCGCUGCCUACUCCAGCCCCACUGGUCUGAGGAAGGCACUCAGUGGUCCCUGAUGUACUAUCUCCAGAGGCUGCGACACAUGUUGGAAGAGAAGCCCGAGAAGGCCACAGAGCCCGAUGUGCCCCUGCUGCCCAGACCCCGGAGUAGCUCCAUGGUGGCCGCAGCACCCUCGCUGGUCAACACUCACAAAACCCAAGAUCUUACACUGAAAUGUAAUGAAGAGGAAAAAUCUCUUAGCCCUGAGGCUUUUUCCAAGGUUUCAUUGACCAAUCUGCGUAGGUCUGCAGUUCCAGAUCUUUCUUCAGACCUGGGCAUGAACAUUUUUAAAAAGUUCAAGAGCCGAAAGGAAGAUCGAGAGAGGAAAGGUUCCAUUCCGUUCCACCACACGGGGAAGAGGAGGCCCCGGAGGAUGGGCGUGCCAUUCCUGCUUCACGAGGACCACCUGGAUGUGUCCCCUACCCGCAGCACAUUUUCCUUUGGCAGUUUCUCUGGGCUUGGAGAAGAAAGGCGAGGCAUUGAAAAAGGAGGCUGGCAAACCACCAUUUUAGGGAAACUGACGCGGCGGGGCAGCUCGGAUGCAGCCACGGAGAUGGAAAGCCUGGGCGCCAGGCCCUCGCACUCACAUCACACACUGGUGAGCGACCUGCCAGACCACUCCAACAGCCACGGCGAGAACACGGUCAAGGAAGUGCGAUCUCAGAUCUCCACUAUCACUGUGGCGACCUUCAACACCACGCUGGCAUCAUUCAACGUAGGCUACGCAGACUUCUUCAGCGAGCACAUGCGGAAGCUUUGCAACCAGGUGCCCAUCCCAGAGAUGCCACAUGAGCCCCUGGCAUGUGCCAACCUGCCUCGGAGCCUCACAGACUCCUGCAUCAACUACAGUUACCUGGAGGACACGGAGCACAGUGAUGGUGCCAACAACUUUGUUCACAAGAACGGCAUGCUGGAUCUCUCGGUGGUUCUGAAGGCUGUUUAUCUUGUCCUUAACCAUGACAUCAGCUCUCGCAUCUGUGACGUGGCCCUGAACAUUGUGGAAUGCUUGCUUCAACUUGGGGUUGUGCCCUGUGUGGAAAAGAACAGAAAGAAAAGUAGCAACAAGGAAAAUGAGACUGUGGAAAAGAGACCCAGUGAAGGAACUUUUCAGUUCAAAGGGGUAUCCGGAAGUUCCACCUGUGCAUUUGGGGGCCCUUCAGUUAGCGGAGCUGGAAACGGUGGAGGAGAACAAGGAGGAAGUGGAGAUGGUGGAGGCGGAGGAGGCGAUGGAGGAGGAGGAGGUGGCGGUGGUGGAGGUGGUCCUUAUGAGAAGAAUGAUAAGAACCGAGAAAAGGAUGACAGCACACCGGUGAGCAACCAUAGGCUGGCCCUUACCAUGCUCAUCAAGAUUGUGAAGUCCUUGGGGUGUGCCUAUGGUUGCGGGGAAGGACAUCGAGGGCUCUCUGGAGAUCGUCUGAGACACCAGGUAUUCCGAGAGAAUGCCCAGAGCUGCCUCACUAAGCUAUAUAAGCUAGAUAAGAUGCAGUUCCGCCAGACCAUGAGGGACUAUGUGAACAAGGAUUCUCUCAAUAAUGUAGUGGACUUCUUGCAUGCUUUGCUAGGAUUUUGUAUGGAGCCGGUCACCGACAACAAGGCUGGGUUCGGAAACAACUUCACCACGGUAGACAACAAAUCCACAGCCCAGAAUGUGGAAGGCAUUAUCGUCAGUGCCAUGUUUAAGUCGCUCAUCACACGCUGUGCUUCCACCACGCACGAACUGCACAGCCCGGAGAAUCUGGGGCUGUACUGUGACAUUCGUCAGCUGGUCCAGUUUAUCAAAGAAGCUCAUGGGAAUGUCUUCAGGAGAGUGGCUCUCAGCGCCUUGCUGGACAGUGCUGAAAAGCUGGCACCGGGGAAGAAGGUGGAGAGCAAUGAGCCAGAGCCUAAGCCUGCAGGGAACAAAAGGUCAGAGGCCGGAAGCAUUGUGGACAAAGGCCAGGUGUCCUCCACAGCCCCGGAGGAAUGCCGCAGCUUCCUGUCUGGUCGCCCCUCACAGACCCCGGAGCAUGACGAACAAAUGCAAGGGGCCAACCUGGGGCGAAAAGAUUUCUGGCGCAAGAUGUUCAAAUCGCAGAGUGCAGCAAGUGACACCAGCAGCCAGUCAGAGCAGGACACUUCCGAGUGCACCACAGCCCACUCAGGGAAUACCUUGGACCGGCGCGCCCGCUCCCGGUCCCGCAGAAUUUCCCUCCGGAAGAAGCUCAAGCUCCCCAUAGGUAAAAGAAACUGGCUGAAACGAUCGUCCCUCUCUGGCCUGGCAGAUGGUGUGGAGGACCUUCUGGACAUCAGCUCUGUGGACCGCUUGUCCUUCAUCAGGCAAAGUUCCAAGGUCAAGUUUACCAGCGCUGUGAAGCUUUCCGAAGGCGGACCCGGGAGUGGAAUGGAAAAUGGAAGGGAAGAGGAGGAGAAUUUCUUCAAGCGUCUUGGUUGCCACAGUUUCGACGACCAUCUUUCUCCCAACCAAGAUGGUGGAAAAAGCAAAAACGUGGUGAAUCUUGGUGCCAUCCGGCAAGGCAUGAAGCGCUUUCAGUUUCUGUUGAACUGCUGUGAGCCGGGAACUAUACCCGACGCCUCCAUCCUGGCGGCCGCCUUGGAUCUGGAAGCCCCAGUGGUGGCCAGAGCUGCCUUGUUUCUGGAAUGUGCCCGUUUCGUCCACCGCUGCAACCGCGGCAACUGGCCCGAGUGGAUGAAAGGGCACCACGUGAACAUCACCAAGAAGGGUCUGUCCCGGGGACGGUCCCCCAUCGUGGGCAACAAGCGCAACCAGAAGCUGCAGUGGAACGCCGCCAAGCUCUUCUACCAGUGGGGAGACGCAAUCGGCGUGCGGCUGAAUGAGCUGUGCCACGGGGAGAGUGAGAGCCCGGCCAACCUGCUGGGCCUCAUUUACGACGAGGAGACCAAGAGGAGGCUGAGGAAGGAGGAUGAGGAGGAAGACUUUUUAGAUGACAGUAAGGAGACUCCCUUUCCUACAAGAACCCCUGCUUGUACUGUGAACCCCUCUAAAUGUGGCUGCCCCUUUGCCCUGAAGAUGGCAGCGUGCCAGCUGCUCCUGGAGAUCACCACCUUCCUCAGAGAGACCUUUUCGUGCCUGCCCCGACCCCGCACUGAGCCUCUUGUGGACUUGGAGAGCUGCAGACUCCGGCUGGAUCCUGAGCUCGACCGACACAGAUAUGAAAGGAAGAUCAGCUUUGCCGGGGUCCUAGAUGAGAAUGAAGACUCCAAAGAUUCCCUCCAUAGCAGCAGCCACACCCUCAAAUCAGAUGCGGGUGCGGAGGAGAAGAAAGUUCCCAGCAGGAAGAUCAGGAUAGGAGGUACUCGCCUGCUCCAGAUUAAAGGAACCCGCAGUUUCCAGGUGAAGAAGGGGGGUUCCUUGUCCAGCAUCCGCCGGGUCGGCAGCUUAAAGAGCAGCAAGCUAUCACGGCAGGACUCAGAGUCUGAGGCUGAGGAGCUGCAGCUGUCCCAGAGCAGGGACACUGUCACUGAUCUAGAAGGGAGUCCUUGGAGUGCGAGCGAGCCUAGCAUUGAGCCUGAAGGAAUGAGCAACGCCGGCACAGAGGAGAAUUACCAUAGGAGCAUGUCGUGGCUUCACGUCAUGAUCCUGCUGUGCAAUCAGCAGAGCUUCAUCUGCACGCACGUGGACUACUGUCAUCCCCACUGCUGCCUGCACCACAGCCGCUCCUGCGCCCGGCUGGUCAGGGCCAUCAAGCUGCUCUACGGAGACAGUGUGGACUCCUUGAGGGAGAGCAGCAGCUUGAGCAGCGUGGCUCUGCGGGGCAAGAAACAGAAAGAGUGCUCAGACAAGUCGUGCCUGAGGACCCCUUCCCUGAAGAAGCGAGUUUCAGACGCCAACCUGGAAGGGAAGAAGGACUCUGGGAUGCUGAAGUACAUCAGGCUUCAGGUGAUGAGCCUAUCCCCUGCUCCCUUGUCUCUGCUGAUUAAGGCAGCACCAAUCCUGACAGAGGAGAUGUACGGGGACAUCCAGCCAGCUGCCUGGGAGCUGCUGCUCAGCGCGGAUGAGCAUAUGGCAGGGGCAGCAGCUGCCAUGUUCCUGCUGUGCGCUGUGAAGGUCCCUGAGGCCGUGUCGGACAUGCUGAUGUCAGAGUUCCACCACCCCGAGACCGUGCAGAGGCUGAACGCUGUGCUCAAGUUCCACACGCUCUGGAGGUUCCGCUACCAGGUGUGGCCCCGGAUGGAGGAGGGCGCGCAGCAGAUUUUUAAGAUCCCGCCGCCCAGCAUCAACUUCACUCUGCCCUCGCCAGUACUCGGGAUGCCAUCCGUCCCCAUGUUCGACCCCCCGUGGGUUCCACAGUGCAGUGGGAGCGUCCAGGACCCCAUCAGCGAGGACCAGUCUAAAUCCUUUUCAGCCCGGGCUGUGUCCCGUUCCCAUCAGAGGGCGGAACACAUCUUAAAGAACCUGCAGCAGGAGGAGGAGAAGAAGCGCCUUGGCCGAGAAGCCAGCCUCAUCACGGCCAUCCCUAUCACCCAGGAGGCUUGCUACGAGCCCACCUGCACGCCCAGCUCGGAGCCAGAGGAAGAAGUAGAAGAAGUCACCAACCUGGCGUCCCGCCGGCUGUCCGUGAGUCCGUCCUGCACCUCCAGCACUUCCCACAGGAACUACUCCUUCCGCCGGGGCUCGGUCUGGUCAGUGCGCUCUGCGGUCAGCGCCGAAGACGAGGAGCACACCACCGAGCACACGCCCAACCACCACAUGCCGCAGCCCCCGCAGGCAGUGUUCCCAGCCUGCAUCUGCGCGGCCGUGCUGCCCAUCGUGCACCUGAUGGAGGACGGGGAGGUGCGUGAGGAUGGAGUCGCAGUGAGUGCUGUGGCCCAGCAGGUCUUAUGGAAUUGUCUAAUUGAAGAUCCUUCAACAGUGCUUCGACAUUUUCUGGAAAAACUGACCAUCAGCAAUAGACAAGAUGAGUUAAUGUACAUGCUGCGAAAACUCCUCUUAAAUAUUGGUGAUUUUCCUGCUCAGACAUCUCACAUCCUGUUCAAUUACUUGGUGGGCCUGAUCAUGUACUUCGUGCGGACGCCCUGCGAGUGGGGCAUGGACGCCAUCUCGGCCACGCUGACCUUCCUGUGGGAGGUGGUGGGGUACGUGGAGGGCCUCUUCUUCAAGGACCUCAAGCAGACCAUGAAGAAGGAGCAAUGCGAGGUGAAGCUGCUGGUGACUGCUUCCAUGCCGGGCACCAAAACCUUGGUUGUUCAUGGACAGAACGAGUGUGACAUCCCAACUCAGCUACCAGUCCACGAAGAUACUCAGUUUGAAGCUCUCUUGAAGGAGUGCCUAGAGUUUUUCAACAUCCCAGAAUCCCAGUCAACCCAUUACUUCCUCAUGGAUAAACGAUGGAACCUUAUCCACUACAAUAAGACCUAUGUUCGAGAUAUUUACCCCUUCCGGAGGUCCGUGUCCCCACAGCUGAACCUGGUACACAUGCACCCGGAGAAGGGGCAGGAGCUCAUUCAGAAACAGGUGUUCACUCGGAAGCUGGAGGAAGUAGGCCGGGUGCUGUUCCUCAUCUCCCUGACCCAGAAGAUCCCCACGGCCCACAAACAGUCCCACGUCUCCAUGCUGCAGGAGGACCUCCUGCGGCUGCCCUCCUUCCCGCGCAGUGCCAUAGACGCGGAGUUCUCACUCUUCAGUGACCCUCAAGCUGGGAAGGAGCUGUUUGGCCUAGACACCCUGCAGAAAAGCCUGUGGAUCCAGCUCCUAGAGGAGAUGUUCCUCGGCAUGCCGAGCGAGUUCCCCUGGGGAGACGAAAUCAUGCUCUUCCUCAACGUGUUCAAUGGGGCUCUGAUCCUGCACCCCGAGGACAGCGCCCUGCUCCGGCAGUAUGCGGCCACCGUCAUCAACACCGCUGUGCACUUCAAUCACCUCUUCUCUCUCAGCGGCUACCAGUGGAUUCUCCCCACCAUGCUGCAGGUGUACUCAGACUAUGAAAGCAAUCCUCAGUUACGUCAAGCCAUCGAGUUCGCCUGCCACCAGUUCUACAUCCUGCACCGAAAGCCCUUUGUGCUGCAGCUGUUUGCUAGUGUGGCCCCUCUCCUGGAGUUUCCAGAUGCUGCCAAUAAUAGCCCCAACAAAGGUGUGUCAGCUCAGUGCCUGUUUGAUUUGCUGCAAUCCCUGGAGGGAGAGACCGCUGACAUAUUAGACAUCCUGGAGUUGGUCAAAGCCGAGAAGCCUCUUAAGUCAUUAGAUUUCUGCUAUGGGAGUGAAGACUUGACAUUCUCCAUCAGCGAAGCCAUGAAGCUCUGUGUUACGGUGGUGGCGUACGCGCCUGAGUCAUUUAGAAGUCUUCAGAUGCUGAUGGUCUUGGAAGCUUUAGUUCCAUGUUACCUACAAAAGCUAAAAAGGCAGACAUCACAGGUAGAGACUGUACCUGCUGCCCGGGAGGAGAUUGCUGCCAUGGCUGCUCUGGCCACAUCCCUGCAAGCCCUUUUAUACAGUGUGGAGGUACUCACCAGGCCCAUGACAGCCCCGCAGAUGAGCAGGUGUGACCAGGGUCACAAGGGGACCACCACGGCCAACCACACCAUGUCCUCUGGCGUGAACACCAGGUACCAGGAGCAAGGAGCCAAACUGCACUUUAUCAGGGAAAACCUUCACUUACUGGAGGAAGGGCAAGGACUUCCCCGAGAGGAACUGGAUGAGCGUAUCGCUCGGGAAGAGUUCAGGAGACCCAGGGAAUCCCUCUUGAAUAUCUGCACUGAGUUCUAUAAGCACUGCGGACCAAGGCUGAAGAUCUUGCAAAACCUGGCUGGGGAGCCACGGGUCACUGCUCUGGAGCUGCUGGAUGUCAAAUCCCACAUGAGGCUGGCGGAGAUCGCACACUCCCUGCUGAAGCUGGCGCCCUAUGACACCCAGACGAUGGAGAGCCGCGGGCUACGGCGCUACAUCAUGGAGAUGCUGCCCAUCACUGACUGGGCGGCCGAGGCGGUGAGGCCGGCCCUCAUCCUCAUCCUGAAGAGGCUGGACCGGAUGUUCAACAAGAUCCACAAGAUGCCCACGCUGAGGCGACAGGUUGAGUGGGAGCCUGCCAGCAAUUUGAUUGAAGGGGUUUGUUUGACACUUCAGAGGCAGCCAAUCAUAUCCUUCCUGCCUCACCUUAGGUCACUGAUCAAUGUCUGUGUCAAUCUGGUGAUGGGAGUGGUAGGACCUUCCAGUGUUGCUGAUGGAUUACCCCUUCUUCAUCUCAGCCCUUAUCUCUCACCACCUCUGCCCUUCAGCACAGCUGUUGUCCGGCUUGUAGCAUUGCAGAUACAGGCUUUAAAAGAAGAUUUUCCUUUAAGCCAUGUGAUCUCUCCAUUCACCAAUCAAGAGCGAAGGGAGGGGAUGCUUUUAAAUCUGCUCAUCCCAUUUGUGCUCACAGUAGGAUCUGGAAGCAAAGAUAGCCCGUGGCUGGAGCAGCCCGAGGUACAGCUGCUGCUGCAGACGGUCAUUAAUGUGCUGCUGCCACCGCGAAUCAUCAGCACGUCCAGGAGCAAGAACUUCAUGCUAGAGAGCUCCCCCGCCCACUGCUCCACGCCUGGGGAUGCAGGGAAGGACCUGCGCAGGGAAGGGCUGGCUGAGUCCACUAGCCAGGCUGCGUACUUGGCGCUGAAGGUGAUUCUCGUCUGCUUUGAGAGGCAGCUGGGAAGCCAGUGGUACUGGCUGAGCCUCCAGGUGAAGGAGAUGGCUCUGCGCAAGGUGGGCGGCCUGGCGCUGUGGGACUUCCUGGACUUCAUCGUGCGGACUCGGAUUCCCAUCUUUGUGCUCUUGCGUCCCUUCAUUCAGUGCAAGCUUUUGGCCCAACCAGCAGAGAAUCAUGAAGAGCUUUCUGCCCGGCAGCACAUUGCGGACCAGCUGGAGCGGCGCUUCAUACCACGGCCCCUGUGUAAGAGCUCGCUCAUUGCCGAGUUUAACAGUGAACUAAAAAUCCUAAAAGAAGCCGUCCACAGUGGAUCAGCCUACCAAGGGAAGACGUCCAUCAGUACAGUGGGCACCUCCACCUCUGCCUACCGCCUGAGCCUGGCCACCAUGUCCCGCUCCAACACGGGCACAGGCACUGUCUGGGAACAGGACAGUGAGCCGUCCCAGCAGGCUUCACAGGACACUCUGAGUCGGACUGAUGAAGAAGACGAGGAAAAUGACUCUGUGAGCAUGCCCAGUGUGGUAAGUGAACAGGAAGCUUACCUUCUGAGCGCCAUCGGAAGGCGACGGUUCUCCAGCCACGUCUCCAGCGUGUCCGCGCCGCAGGCCGAAGUGGGCAUGCUCCCCAGCCAGAGUGAACCUAAUGUCCUCGAUGACUCCCAGGGCCUGGCCGCCGAGGGCAGCCUCUCUAGGGUGGCAAGUAUACAAAGUGAGCCUGGCCAGCAGAACCUCCUUAUUCAGCAGCCACUGGGGAGGAAGAGGGGCCUGAGGCAGCUAAGACGUCCCCUGUUAUCACGGCAGAAGACUCAGACUGAACCAAGAAACCGCCAUGGGGCUAGGCUGUCAACCACCCGCAGGAGCAUCCAACCCAAAACAAAGCCAUCGGUGGAUCAGAAGCGAUCUGUGACCUUCAUCGAGGCUCAGUCAGAGCCAACAGCUGCCCCAGCAGACACGCUUCCCGCCACAGGCCAGCCUCAGGGCUGUAGCCCAGCUUUGACCAGGCGGCCGGAGGGAACAGACAAACCAGUCCUCACGUCCUCCCCGGCCAUCGUGGUUGCAGAUAUGCACAGCCUGUCUCCUACACAGGGAGAGCCCCUCCCCGCCGAAGGAGACAAAAAGGAGGAGGCAGAAGCACAAGGUGCUGCAGCGCACAGUCCCCUCUCCAUGCAGCUCUCAGACCCUGAUGACUUCACCGGCCUCGAGACGUCCAGCCUCCUACAGCACGGAGACACUGUGCUUCACAUCAGUGAGGAGAACGGCAUGGAGAACCCCCUGUUGUGCCAGUUCACGAUCACUCCCACCGAGCUGGGGGAGGUGGACGUGGCCCUGGAUGAGUCUCAUGUGUAGCUGUGUGUCUUACAAGCACUGGGGGGGGGGGACAGAAGAGAUGGGAAGGAUCACUGCUGAGAGUUUAAUACGUCUGCUUUAAAGAUUACUUAUAAAAUGCACUUUACAUGCAACAGAUGGCGCAAUCUGAAGAGAUUUUGCUGCCAGUACAUCUGAUGUAUCACAAACGUCUUAAAAUCAAUGGCCAGAAGGAUUUAGUUGGUGGAGUCCGUAAAAACCAGGGAGAAGUACGAGGAGAGAGCCAUUGCACUGCACAUUAUGAUCUAAGAAGCCUUGCGCAGUUAAAAAUAUAUACUACUCAAGUGCUUUCAUAGAAAUAUUAGCAAGUAAUAUGUUCUAAAAAGAAUGCAAUUUUUUGAGACUGUUCAAAUACAUCUCAUGCAAAUGUUUAUUUUUAUAGUUUCAAACGUUAAAUUAGGUGGCUAUAUAAAUAGCAAUUUACACAAAAAAAACAAUAAGGAAAAUAUUAGUUUGAUAAUACUAAAUACCAUGUCCUCAGCCAUUUGUGUUUGGGUCAAUAAUAGAACCAUUUAGAAGGAUAAAAAGAUACUAUUUUUAGAGCCGUGGACUUUUCAGAAUUUAUUUUUCAAUUGUCAUUUUGACUGCAUGUUGUAAAUCAAAAUGCUAAUACCGUAAGAUCACUCCAUUUCAUAAUCAACCACUCGGCAGAAAAUAUGCUAGAAAUGACCAGACAGAUGUCUGAAUUAACAAGAGCCUAAAUAUCUAUACAACUAUAAAAACUUAAUGUAAAUAUAAUAGCUCGAGAUAGUACUCUUACUUCUAGUCUUGACUACAUCAGUGCCAACUUUAGAAUUUAUUGGGAAAUGUGACUAUUUCUUUACAGUAUCCUGUGCCUGCCCUUGAGAAUAUAUUUUCAUAUAUUAAAGUUAGUAGUAGAACUGGUUCAAUAAAAUAACUGUCUCAGUAGUAAAAAUAUUCUUAUGAUCCCGUGGGCAUUUACGUUUAUGAGGAAAAAAAAAAGUAAGCAAUUUCUUCAUAGACAUAGCAAGCUUGUAUAUUUUACAAAUAGGCCUUUAACUUGAAGCUCAAUUAUGUCCAGGAGAGUAUAAGAUUUAGAAGGGCUGUGAGGCCAAUAACUGGCAGAUUACUGAAGGGCUGGGCAUCAUGUAGUCCAAUAUUAAUUUUCAGUGUUUUAACAGUUUACGUUAGAAAACUAUUACAUAACUACUAUACACAGACCUAAAUUGGUGUGGCAGUGGCGGAGGUGCGUGUAUGUAUGUGUGUUUUCUAGUCUUCAAGUAAAAGUUAAACAUAUACUUUGAUUACAUUGAGGUGAAUUUAAAAUAUAGUCUACAUGGUUAAACUUUCACUUUAAUGGCUGUAAAACGUACCUUUUGUCGAGGAUACUGACUAAACCUAACAUAAUCAUAAGCAAAAUUAUUUUUGUUAGAAUUGCUUAUAGGGCCAGGCACAAUGGUGGAUGCCUGGCUAUAAUUCCAACACUUGGAAGGCUGAGGCAUGAGGAUCACUAUGAGUUCAAGGCCAACCCAGGCUAUAUAUGCGUGUUCAAGACCAGCCUAUGCUACAUAGUGAGACGCUUGUCUCAAAAAAAAAAAAUUAUUAAGUAGGCACUGUUUAUACUGUGACUUACGAUUUCAAAUGUAAUUUGGGGUUAUAGUCCCCUUUGUUAAGAGAAUGAAAAAUAGUAGUAAGUUAAUGAUGAGUGAACUUGAAUUUUACAGUUAAAAAAUUAAGGAGGUAAACAGCCUCUUUUAUGUUUUAUAACAUUCUCAUGUCAUUUAUACUUAGUGCUGAAUUCCCAAGUGCAAAAGUAGAUAUGUAAGUGGUUUUCUGGCUUUGAUAUAUAUUUUCCUGUUAAAAAUUAUGCUGCUUAAUUAGCAUUAGAGGCCUUAUGUUUGGUAAUACAAGUGUCUGGGUACUUGAGUCUCUAGUGUAUGUGAUGUCUGUUUCUUGAUUCAAAUUCUCUCUAUAUAACUUUCAAAUAUUUAAAAAGGGAUCAAAGAAGAUUGUUAAAUACCCAACAAAAACCCUAAAUAUCUUUAUAUAUAUUUUAAAUGUAUUGGGCUGUUUUGAACAUGAUUUUGCUGGUCUGUCUACCCUUUAGCCUGACUCUCGCAUUCUAGUCUAUGAAAAUCUGUUAGACUUUUUCAAUAAGCUACGUUUAAUUGUACUUUGAAAAAAAAAAAAAAAGGAAAAAGAGAAGAGAAGCAAAGCAAAGCUUCCACUCUGAGAAACAAGGCCUUACGGAGUGGGAAUAUUUUCACACUGGAACUACUAAGAUUUGCAGAUGUGUGCAUCUGUUCCAUCUAAGGUAUCCUUUAACAAUGUGUUGAGUGUAUUAUGUUGACUGUUUCUGUGUAAUGGCUAAAGUAUCCAUGCAUGUGUGCAUAAGACUGUCACAAGAUGUAUUCUCAGGAAUACUGUUUCCUGGAGUUUGAAGGGAUAACUAUUUUUAAAAAUCAACAGUUGGGCAAGAUAAGGAAAAAUUUCAAGGUAAUUGACAAUCUUUUUGUUAACAGUAUUAUUGAGUACAUGACUAAAAGCUAACAAUUAUUACCUAUGAAAAAUACAGUAGUGAUAACUAAUCAUUGCUCAAGCCAUGAUGAUUAAUAAUUACCUAUUCAAAUGAAAAAAAAUAACAGGUACCCACUCCCAUGUAUAAAAACUGGACUUGACAAAGAGAUUGCUUUUUCUGAAAUUAACUUUUGAGAGACACUAGAACAAGCAUGUUAUCACCCGUGAUAGUGGGUAGAGAUUUGUACUGUUCAGAUUCAAACCAGUUCAAAUCCUGGAUACAGAAUUUUGUAUAGCAAACAUUUUGUUUUCAUUUUUCAGUAUUUGCUGCUUUCUAUAAUUCUAUUAAAUAAGUUAUUUGAUCCUUCUGAAGAGGAAAUGAGUUACUGACACUGGCAGCAGAAGGCAUAAACAGGCGCAUGGCAUUGCUGAGGGAAAAUAUGUGGUACUGAUAUCAUCAGGCCCAUUACACAGGCUGGGAGAAGACGGUUUUCUGCAUCAAGCCUCUGAGAAUACCUGAGACAGGAGGACAUCUCCUCUUUAGCGUCUGUUCCUUUGGCGGGCAAAGCACUUUGCCCACGCCAGUUCCCAGCUCUUGAGAGGUUCUGAGGAAAGAACAGUGUUUUUAGAGACUUAUGGGGGGAAAAAGAGUUAAAAAUGGAAUAGAAUUACAGUCCAAAACAAGAAUCAAGAUAUUCAGAUAUUUUAAAAGAGCACAGUCUUCAGAAUUUGCUGCUAUAUAAUACUGAGUCAUACUUUUGCCCUGUGACCUCAUAUUCCCAACUGCACAGCCUCCUGUCUUAGCAGUGAAGUGGAAUGUCCCACUUCCUCAUUUACUUCAGUGGGUCUCAACUGCAGCAUUGCAGAAGCAAACGUUGAUUUGACACUCAGGAGAAUAAAACAAUUUGAGGACAGAAUGUAUUUGGAAAAGCUUAAGAUAAAUUUAUUACAUUAUUUUAGGAUCAUUUAGGAUUACAGAUCUGUGUACCUCCAUGAUAUUUUUUUAACAGUCACUGUGACCACAGGAUACGAGUACUUUGUUAGUUACUUUACAGGUAAAAAUGAAGGAUUGACUACACAGCCAACUUCCCUCAAAGGACUAAGAAAUCUUAGGAAUACUGACCAAAGAGCAUGGGAAAAUGCAUAACAAAUAUUGAAAUGUUUAUGAAAGAUAUUUAUGAAAGAUAUUAAGAACUUCUGUGUUUGAAUAUGCACCUCUAAUAAAUUAGAAUCAUUUCA